AAUGAACACAAUUGAAUAUUGAUUUUCAAUUGAUUGUCUUGAUCAGAAAGAUAAACAAAAACUGUAAUCGUGUUCCAAUAACCAUAAAUGUUUCUCAAUCUAAAUCUAAUCACAAUUAACUUAUUCUUGUUUCUAAUUGAUUCUUCUCAAGGAGUGACAACAAUUAACCAUGAGAGUGAUCAGCUACUCUUAUUGGAAACUUAUGAAGAUGAUGAACAAUUAAUUGCUCCCAACGAAAGGACAAUUAAGGAUCGCAAUUUAAUGACUACUUAUGAAUUGUUAUUCAGUGAUGCUGAUCAAGCAAGUGAUUCAUAUUUAUUGGCUAAAGAUCAUUUAAAUAAAUUGGAAGAUCAAUUUCAAACUUUUCUUUUAUUCCUUAAACACAAUGUGAUUAACAAAGAUUCUGAUCGUAAUUCGUUAAUUAUGGACAUUUUAAGGAAUCGAAUCUACAUUCGUUAUACUCUUGAACAUUUUAAUCGUAAAUUGUUCAUAUCAAUCAUGAAUGCGAUCGUUGUUGAUUUACCUGAAACAAUUAGGUCAAAAUUUAAAUCUCUCGAUUGGUCAGAUAUUUGGGAUCAAUGGACUAAAUAUGAUCGACGAAAAUAUGUAUCUAAAGUUAAUUAUUCUGAUUCUGAUGGUAAGAAAACUUCAAUCGAUUCGUUUGACUCUCGAAUUGUUAAAAAAAAUCCCAAAGAUCCAUUGGGAAUAUUGUGAAAAUCAAUCAAAAAUUAACUUUUGAUCAACUUUUAAUGAGAAAAAUUUUCAUACCUUUGAAAAAUUUAUUAAACUCAAUAAACUCAAUAAUCACUCUUAA